AAAAAAGGAUAAAUGAGAAAAAUAAAUAAAAAGCUUGUUGUUCCGUCAGCGUGCGAGAAGAAAGGGUUAGAAUCAAGAAACCGACGUCCCUCUCUCUCUCUCUCUUUCCCCUCACCUCUUCUUUCUCUCUGCUUCUGAUCUCUCUCUCUCUCUCUCCCUGAUUAAACCUUCAUAAUCAGGGAGUUUUCGAUAUAAUUUACAAGUCUUUUUGUCUUGUCUAGCUCGUUGCUGCCCUUCGACAUCUCCAAAGCUUUCUCCUUUUUUGCUCUCAAGAGGGCUUAUGCAGCAAGCGAAAUGGGACAAAGAAAUAGAACAGUCGAUUUAGAAAUGGAGCAGCAGCAGCAGCAGCAGCACCAAUCUCAAUCCUCUCUCCAACCAGGACCUUGCAUCCUUCUAAGCAGCUUUCCCCAACAACAACAACAACAACCUGAUAACAAUAAUAAUAACCUACCUGCAAUGGCUGCAAGCUUUCCUAAUUUAGAAGCUCGUUCUCUUCAAGACCCAACCUCCUAUGACAUGUUCUACGGUCUUCCUCAGUACCAUCAUCACCAUCAACUCCAUCAGCCUGCUCCUCCUCCGAAUUACUAUGUUCCCUAUAUGGCAUUUCAGGGUCCAUCCUCAAGCAGUCAAGGUGUAGUUGGAGUAAGUUCUGAUCAAUUUAUGGAUCAUACAAGAGGGGCGUAUAAGAGAAAGAACGCCGAAGGAAUACCAGUGAUGAAUCAUCAGUCUUUAAGUACUUUAGCAGCUCCAUUCAACAAUACACCUGAGACAAUAGCUCCUUUUGGAGGCCCAAGGAGCAGACCGAUGAACCAUGUUCUUCCUCCUCCUCCUCCUCCUCAUGCUCCUAAUAGCUUCAUUCAAGGGAGCUAUCCUGGUCAUCAUCCUUUCCCACCUCCUGGCUCAAUCUGGUACGACCAACACCAUGGCAGGCCUGAUGGUUCACCCUCGUUUUGGCCCCACCCACCUUACAUGCACGCUGGUUCCAUAGAGUUUAGUAGUAGAAACCCUACAGCGUUCAUGUAUCCUCCGAGGGACCAUUAUUAUCCUCACCCUCCACCUCCUCCUCCUCCUCCUCAUGUACAAGGAGUGAGAGGCCCGAGCGCCACAUUAUACCCUCCCAUGGCUUCUUCACCCUCGUAUGGAUUUCCUCCUGGGAACUUUGCUCCUCCUCAGAACACAAUCAAUAGAGGUGGUCCCUCGGGUUCAGAGAUGGGUCAAGUUCAACCAACAGGGUUUCGGAUAUACCAGCGAGAUGAUUCUGUACCCUUAGCAGCUCUUAGACAACACCGUGGAGGAGUUCCUCGCUUUAGAAUGAUGCCUGAUGAUGAAGUUGCGAUUUUGGAGUUUGGAGACUUCCUUGGUGGUGGCUCUGGAAAUAACCACAUUGAUCAUCAUCGAGAUAUGCGUUUGGACAUCGAGGAAAUGUCUUAUGAGGAGCUACUUGCGUUGAGCGAGCGAAUUGGAACCGUGAACACUGGUUUGCCAGAGGAAGAUGUUAAGAACCAUCUGAAAACAAGAACAUGUUCUGUAGUCAACCUUGCAGCAGAGUCUCCACAAACUAAAGAUAGAGAAACAGAACCUUGCACCAUAUGUCAGGAGAGUUUCAAGAACGAAGAGAAGAUUGCAACUUUGGAUUGUGGGCAUGAGUAUCAUGCAGGAUGCUUGGAGAAAUGGCUGGUUGUGAAGAACGUUUGCCCAAUCUGUAAAGCAGAGGCAUUGGUCAUGGAGAAGACAACUGUUUAAUAGGAAGAAAGAAUGGCUUUUUAAAUCUAUAUAUAUAUUUAUAUAAAAAAAAAGAAACUUAACAAGAAGAGAAGGGAAGAAAACAAUAGUUUGGGCUUGUUUUCAGCUCCAAAAAGGAUUCUGUAAAUUUGUACUCUUUUUUGUUUGUGCAGAUAUUAAUAUGUGUUAAUGGUGUCACUCUUUUCUA